GACAGUAAGCGCGCAGUGUGAUGAGGAGGGUUGUGUUCGCUCAGAUCAGCUACAGAUUCAGAUCUCUCCUCCACUUCUUCUCUCCACCGGGCAAACACGUGCGACUAAUCAACAGCAGCAGGCGGCUCUACUGCUCUCGCAUGGCUGAAGAGGCCAAGAAACUGGCGGCUUAUGCUGCUGUGGACAACCACAUACAGAAUAAUCAGGUAAUUGGUGUGGGCAGCGGCUCAACUAUUGUCUAUGCGGUGGACAGGCUGGCUGAGAAGGUCAGACAGGAAAAGCUGAAUAUUGUUUGUGUUCCCACAUCAUUCCAGGCCCGUCAGCUGAUUCUGCAGCAUGGUCUCCCUCUGUCUGAUUUAGACCGACAUCCUGAGCUGGAUGUAGCGAUUGAUGGGGCUGAUGAGGUUGAUACGGCUCUGACCUUGAUUAAAGGAGGAGGAGGAUGUUUAACCCAGGAGAAGAUUGUGGCUGGAUGCGCCAAACACUUCAUUGUCAUUGCAGAUUAUAGGAAAGACUCUAAGGCUCUGGGGCAGCAGUGGAAGAAGGGUGUGCCAGUGGAGGUCAUCCCCAUGGCGUAUGUGCCUGUGUCCAGAGCCAUCGCCCACCGCUUUGGAGGAGAAGCCGUGCUGAGGAUGGCAGUCAGUAAAGCUGGUCCUGUGGUUACUGAUAACAGUAACUUUAUCCUGGAUUGGAAGUUUGAGCAUGCUCAGAACUGGAAAGAGGUCAACACGGCCAUUAAGAUGAUCCCAGGAGUGGUUGAGACAGGUUUGUUUGUGGGCAUGGCUGAACGGGUGUACUUCGGGAUGGAGGACGGAAGUGUGAAGACUCGAGAUCCUCCUGUCAACUAAGAAGAUUCUUCCUCUGUUCUUUGCUUCAGACCAGCCUGCACACCUCAAGUGCCGUUCAGACACACAGACUCUGGCAGCUCUUUCCCUACAGGUUAUUUUAUACUCUGUUACAGAAUCCACCAGAUCGGUACUUUUCAUGCUGGUGUGCACAUCAAAUGCAAAAACAAUGUACACACCAGUGCAACAUUAGGUCCUCAGGCACUUUUAGAUGUUUUUGUUUCUCCUUGUACUUCCUCAGUCUGACUGAUCAUACAUCUGCAGUGUCUGUUUGCCUUCUGUACUUUAUGUGGUUAAAUGUUGUCCUGCAUAGAUGUCUGUACAAAUGCAUGAAAAUUGUGGCUUGCUUCUGUGCCUUUAUUAAUGUAUGUUUUUUUUCCAGAAAGAGUAGUCGCUAGCCAUAAAUGUGCAUGCAGCUCUUAAGAAAAAGUGUACAAUGAUGCUUAGCCACAUUCCAUUUGAUCAUUAAAAAGUGUGGUUCACCUUAAAA